AUGGACGCCGCUCUUCCAGCCAAAGCUUCCGUAGCUCCGCGGUCAGCCAACGAACCACCUCCAGAAGCCAUCACCUUAGCAGGCCGAUUCUUCGACGCCGCCAGAAACGGCCAAAUGGACAUUUUCGAACAGGCUCUCCCACGUGGACUACCUCCGAACCUGACAAAUGACAAAGGCGAUACACUGCACGGGACAGAUCCCAACAGACUGAAUGAUCGAGGCCAGUCCCCUUUGGCUGGUGUGGUGUUCACGAAUGAGCCAGAGGUGAUCAAAACCGUCUUGGAGGCCGGUGCAGACACUGAAGUAGGCAGGCCCAGUGCCAUUGAAGCCACGAAAGUCUUCAAGCAGGAAGAAUACGAAGGCAUGUUCCGGGAACAGAUUGAGAAACUGAAAGCUGAAGGAGCGAGAGCCAUAAUAGGCGCUGACUACGGUCGUUUUGUAAUUUGUGUAUCUCCCGCAAUCAAGAUCGUUGGAUGGUUCAUAAGGUCGUACAAGACGCAAAAGUCGCCCAUUCGUAGCUUUUGUUUUGGGCCCAGACAUAAUCCCAAGAAAGAGUCGAAAUUGUAG